AUGGGUAGUAGCUGUUCAAGCUGUCCAGACAAAGAGUUGAUUGCGGAUAAUCAUCACAGUAAAUUCAAGGUGAUCAACGUGGACGACGAUGGGAACGAGCUGGGCGCCGGCGUGAUGGAGCUGACGGACGGCGAGCUGGUCCUGCACACGCAUCGCCGGGACGACGUCAGGUGGCCGUACCUGUGCCUGCGCCGCUACGGCUACGAUUCCAACCUCUUCUCCUUCGAGAGCGGACGCCGCUGCCAGACCGGGCAAGGCAUUUUCGCGUUCAAGUGCGCUCGCGCAGAGGAAAUCUUCAACAAACUGCAGGAAGUCAUGCACAGUCACAGCAUCAGCGUGGUGGAGGAAGCCGUGAUGGACGCCGGCCACCAGGGGGCGGCGCUCUCCCCCGCAGCCCUCGGCUACUCGGCGCCCAACGGCGUGUCGCGGAUCCCGUCGGCCGGCGACGUCCCGUCCCAGCCGUCCAGUCGCCACCCGUCGGUGGCCAGCGCCCGGCUGCCGUCGGUGGGAGAGGAGUCCACGCACCCCCUGCUGGUGGCCGAGGAGAGCGCGCCGCAGGCCCGCGAGGACGAGCGUGGCGACGCCGGCGGUUUCCGGGCACACACGUACGUCAACACCGAGGAACCGGCGCCGGAGAGCCCGGCCUCCCCCGAGGCCCGUCGCCCGUCCACCCCUCCCCGGGCCCCCUCGGAGCCCCGGGUGCUGCUGGAGCCGCAGGGCGCGCGCUUUGUGCUGGGGCCCACCCCGGUUCAGCGGCGGCUGCGGGAGGCGGGGGAGGGCGCCGGCCGGACGGGCGCACCGCCGCCGGCGUCCCGCUGCCAACGCCCGCCCCUGCCGUCCCCCGACCCGCACAACGUCAACAACUCGGCGCAGCGGCGCACGGCGCUGCUGGACUACGAGAACCUGCCGGCCCUGCCGCCCGUGUGGGAGGCGCGCAAGCCCGGCCGGGACCGGGAAGAGGGCGGCGGCCCGGGGACGCCUUCGCCGCCGACGCCCUCGCCGGACGGCCCGCCGACGCCCUCGCUCAACGGCUUCGGACACGAGCACUCGCACAACUACGUGAACACGGAGAACGUGACGUCGCCCCUGCGGCCCGACACGGCGCGGCGCCGCUCGGACGGGCCCAGCGUCUUCAACUUUGACUUGCGGCGAGCGGGCGAGGCGGCCAAGACGCUCAACUACAUCGAGGUGGAGAUGGACAACGGGGACGGGCCGGGCACGCCGCGCACGCCCGCCUCGCCCCCGCCGCCCGGCACGCCCACGCGUCGCACCGAGCUCUACGCCCUGAUCGACAUCGAGCGCACGGCCGCCAUGUCCAACCUGCAGAAGGCGAGGCCGCGGGACGACGGCACCUCGCGCAAGACGCGCCACAACAGCACCGAGCUGCCCAGCAAGAGCGCCGCGUGA